CCAACGCACAGCUACGUAUUGAGUACGCGUCCGACGACAUCGAUAUCGACAGCAAUGGCAGAGAUCUCCAGCUUGCAAUUGCCAUCUCCUCCAACUCAUAUGCCUCAAGAGCAAGAUAUCAACAAGCCAGCAAUCAUCAAACUCCUCAAAAUUCCCACUCUAACAAACCUCUACGCUUCUUCAACCAUAAAGAAAGUGCAACAGGCAAAGUAUAUCCCUAAAAAUUGGUUAUUGGAAAGAGUCUCGCUUUGGAAAGGUGACAUAACAAAGUUGGAGGUAGAUGCUAUCGUCAAUGCCGCACAACACAGUCUGUUGGGUGGAAGUGGAGUGGAUGGAGCAAUACACAAAGCUGCCGGGAGAAAGUUGUACGACGAAUGUCUGACGCUCGGCGGUGCCGAGACUGGUGAAGCAAAAAUUACUAAAGGAUACGAUCUACCUUCAAAACACGUCAUCCAUACAGUUGGACCCAAAUACAACGACGGCAAAGACGUGGAGAGCAAGGCCUCCCAACUAGCUUUGUGUUAUAAGAACAGUCUCGAUCUUGCGAUGAAGAACGAGUUGAGGAGUGUGGCCUUUCCCUCUAUAUCCACGGCAAUAUACCGUUAUCCGAUCGUUGACGCCACACACAUCGCCUUGAAAACUGUCCGGGAGAUCCUAGACGAGCACGAACAGCAGUUCGAUCGGGUGAUAUUCGUAGUGUUCAGCGACAAAGAUAAAGAAGUGUACGAGACUCUGAUACCGGAAUACUUCCCAUCGGAGGAAGGUAGUACAGGGCUCUAAUUCCGGAAUACGUCCCAUCGAAGGAAGGUAGUACAUGAAGGAGAACCGCAAGAAGAAAUAUUGUACCAUUUCCCUGUACUCUAUGUGAUCGAAGGCAAUCGAUGAACCACCUCGGUCAGAGAAACCCGAUAAGCCCGACGUGCCCA